UUGUCCCUCCUUUGCACAAUCAAUCAGGGCUACUCCGAAGGCCGGUUGUCCACAGUUGCCGGCUCCCGGGGCCCCGCCAGCCCCACUCCCUCCACCGUUGACUCUUCCUCCCGAACCACCUACCACUCCAUUGGCCGGAGAUCCGGCCGAAUCGAGUCUGUCCAGUCUCCACUCCCAGUAGUGCACACCUCGGGACAGGCCUGUGGCGCCCAGCACCACUUGGUCCUCUGA